AAGAGGAGGAUGUGGACGUUGAUAGUGAAGCUGAUGAACUUCAGGAUGAUCCGCUUUAUUUAGAGGAGUGGAAAAAGGCCAUGACGAGGCAUGAGGAGCAGCAUAGGAUGGCAGCAGAGUCGUGCCCCGCAGGUACCCUUGUUCUUUACCGACGUGGAGUAUACCGAUCGGACUGGUGGCCUGGUGAAAUUCUCGGUGUCGCUGAAUUUAAACCCAUUCCACAAGCGAAGAAGCGAAAAGGAUUAGUUUCUGCUCUUUGUGCGCUUGAGGUUCUCCCCGCUCACUCAUUCAAGAUUAUGAAUUUUGAAGGGAAGCACCUUACAGCUACCAAGGAGUACUUUUAUACCAUGUUCGAAAAUGGAUUCUAUGAGGUGCCGCUGGGCAGGAUUAAACCAGUCAUGCGUCGUGGAUCCCAACAUCCCUCUUCGCAACCUCCUCGGGAACCAACCUUCCCAGCGCCAACCUAUGGGACCUUUGAUGGUACUCCAAUCUCUCAUCUCCUUCCUUACGUGCUUCCCAUCAUGAAACUCAUCAUCAAAGAUCUAUAUAUGCCUAUUCGAGAGAACGUCGAUGACUGGUAUCAAGAUCCUGGGUCAAGGGCGUUACGUGGAAAGCAAGUGCGAUAUGGGAUGUUUGAAAGACGCGGGGAAACGGAAGUCCUGGUGGAUGAAAUUGCGAGGAUUCUUUUGGGGGUGGGGAAGGCGCGAGAAGAUCUUCUCUGUGAGGAUGCUGGGGGUAGUGGAAGUGGAGAUGAAGAUAGUAGUAAUGACGACAAGAUCCUAGGGAAACAGACUGGUGAAGAGGAUAAGAGGCAAGGAGAACCAGCAGCACCCUCUUCCUCUCUGGCUGCCGUUUGGACGCAACCCUCCAGUGAGUCAUAUGAUGAGUCUCAUCAGAGCAGUCGUACCUGUAUCGACGGAUUGUCGACUGUGAGUAUGGAGGUUGAUGUUGGAGUGAAUGAUGAUGGAAUGACCCCUGAUUCUGUGGUGGGGACAUGCCCAUCGUUGGUACCGGGAGAACGGACUACUGCUUCUAGCCUGCCAAACACAUCGCGGAUUAUCGGAUCGCUUAGAUACGAGCAAUUGACGGAUGUUGCUAGACACCAGUUUGUAGUGGAUAUCGUUGUGAAAGAAGUCAUUAUACAGUUGUACCUCUGGCGUGAGAACAUCCGUACGUCACUUCAAACCUUGAACGAUGACGAGGAGAAUUCUCUUCGGGAGCAAGGAACGCUACUAAAGCACCUCUGGUUCCCAAUGGAGACGCCGGACUUCUGCCUGGUACCAGCGGGUCUUUGGCCGAAGGGAGAUCGUCUCGGAUUUUACGGAAAAGGAAUUGACUCACACUUUCUCCUACGUCACGAGUGUUAUACGCAAAUGCUUGGUGUUGGCCUGCCAUAUUUCUUUAUUUUCUCAUGCGUAUUUUUACUCUAUCAGCUAGGGACAUGCUUUGAUUGGACAAUGUCCGGGCGCAACCCAUUCUUGUGCAACUCUAUCUGUUUCUGUUUGGCGUUCUGGAUCCCAAUCGUAUUCCUUUCACCUUCACUGAGCCAGAAUCGCGCGUUUCUUCGUUCGAUACAAAUGGUUUCCAACGCAUGAAGUACUCCAAAAACGAG